CCAAAGUCAUAUCCUUAAAUCAUCUACGAAUAAAAUAAACAUAACAGCUAAUUCAUAAUGAUUUCGAAAGCCAUAUUAGCACUCUCUCUUUUCUUCACAACCAUCACCGCAACCUCAAUACCAAUAUGUAUAACCGAUUCCAGCACAACAACCUCCUUCAAUAUAUCUUCUCUAUCAAAAUAUACCACUCAACUCUGCACCCAAAUCGCUUCUAGCAACUUUUCAUCCACGGCCAAGAACUACAAUAUAGAUUCCACCUCCAGCUCCAUCAUUUCACUUGCUUUCACAUCUGCAGCCACAACUUGUCCGGGGAAUAGUUCCGCAAGUGAUUGCGAAAUCGUUUAUGAUCAUCUUUUAUCUGGGUGCAGUGACAACAGUUCUUCAAUCACGGGAUCGGGCUCCAUCGACACAGGAUGUGGUGUCUAUAACUUCCAACUCGUAAACGCGCAUUCCAAUACUUCGAAUGCGAAUUCGACAAGUUUAUCGAGUGAGAGUGGAGGUAGUAAAGCUAGUGUGGUUAGUUAUUGUACGGUUACGGGUAGUGUGCUGUUUGGAGUGGCGGCGUUGUUUGGAUGGUUUCUGUGAAUAGGGUUUUGGGGUUUGGAGUGGGAGGUGGGAAGUGGUUGAUUGAUUGAUGAGUUUAGAGGUGUACUUCUUGUGGUUUGGGGAUGUGGUUGGAAAUGGUUCGGUAAUAUUCGUUGUGCUAGAUGCACAUACGUCUCUGUUGAGAUGGGUGAUCGUGGGUACUUCUAUUCAAUGUGAUUCAGUCUGACGGUCUAUCAAUUUUGAGUUAAAUGGUUGCUCUUGGUUGCUUCUUUUUAUCAGAUCCUCUAUACAUUAGAUUCUUUUGUAUCUGUAUGAUUUUCCGAAUGC